AAUCCUUCAUCAUAGAAUUUUUUUUAGAAAAUCUUUCACAAUUUUUCCAAAGUUCUAAAGAAAUUCUUACAGGAGUUAAACAUCAAAGAUUUCUCAAUAAGUCUGUCCAAGGAUUUCUUGAAGAAAUCUUCAUCUUUGCUUCAUGGACUCCGCUUAAUAAGUUCCUAAAAUCUACCAAGAUGUUUUUUUUCCAGAAACUCCUCUAUUUGUUUCUUCCGAAACUUUUUCAGGGAACCUUUGGGAAAUUUCGCCAGGACUCUCUUCUAAUAUUCUCUCAAAAAUUUCUCCAAAUAUUUUUUAGGUUAAUUUCUAUGGAAUCCUUCUGAAACUACGCCAGGGAUAACUUCAUAAAUUGUUCUAUGGAUUCAUUUGGAAAAUCCUUCGGGAAUUUCUUCAGGGGAUUUCUUAAGAGUUUUGUGCAGGGAUUGCUCAGGAAAUUUAUUCAAAUAUUCUUGCAUUAACCCAGUGGUUCCCUCAGAAAAUCUUUCAGAGUGUUACGACGGGGUCCCUCGUUACGCCGACACCGCUGAGUAUGUCGUGUCAUCGGUCGACCGACAGCUGCCCGAGACACGUCAUCAAACUGACAGAAAGAAGAUGUGAUGAAAAAUUGAAAGUCAUGCAGUUGAACUCAGUUCGGAUUGUUCUAGGAAUUUAUUAAGCUAGACAAAAUACUAUUCUACCUAAUCUAAAUUUGAUAUUCUACUUAAUUCUACCUUACACCUAAAGUUCUGUACGCAUUCUACAGUUUGAAUUCUGAAUCGCUAUCGCGUGCAGACUUGCCGAUCCAAUCACUCUCCGCUCAGAAAUUGUCGGUUCACUAAAAUCUUGAAGCUUACCACCAACGACAAAUUUGAGUUUGCUAUCCAGAUUUAGUGAAGAACCCCAACAAACUUCAAGAUUUUAUAUCGGGGCAGCGGAAAGAUGACCGAUCGUGCAAAUACCACAGGACAUAAUUGCCAAUCAUGCGAUCGUCCGGAUGCGGCAGAAGAAGAAAUGGUGCAGUGUUGUCGUUGCCAGCUAUGGGAACAUUUCGGCUGUGCAGGUGUUGACGAACGGAUCAAGGAAGCUGGCGUUCAAUUCAUCUGUAAGAGGUGUAUCGCCACGAUGGGAGCUUCGACGUCAGCAGUGCAUAGGAAAACACAGAAACCUAAUGCCUCUGUCAAAGGAUCGAAAGCUGGAUCUAAGAGGAGCAAAAAACCUACGAACAAUCCAGAAAGUGUGACUUCUAGUGUUCGGGCUGCACUUCUCGAAGAGCAGCUGAAGAUGAUUGAAGAAGAGCGACAACUCAAGGAACAGGAGCUGGAAGAACAGAAAGAGCUCAAGCGGCGCGAAUUGGAAGAAUCAGAGCGCCAAUUGCAGGAGAAGAAGAAGUUUGCGGAAGAAGAAAAACGUCUCCGUGAACAACAGUUGCGUGAGGAGUCUGCUAUGAAGUUGAUGCAACAGAAAAUAAGACGAGAAUCCUUGGAGAAGCGAAAUGAAAUCAUUCGACAACUUGCGCAGACAAGCAGCAGGAGUGGAUCAAUGCCCGAUUCGAACGAAAAGGUUAAGGACUGGUUGGCAGAACAGGCGGAAGUAAACGAACAUCCUCCGAUCGGCGUUUCAUCGGUAGCAGCAAAACUAGAUGCAUUGCAGCUGCACCCACCGGCGAUUGUAGAAGCGCUACCUGCAGUAAAUGAUAGCGAUAACGUGACGCGGCAUUCAAACAGUUCCCCUCCAAUCCCUACGCUUGGGCAAGCUGGUCCCAUUUCGCCACAACCACCACUCCCAUCUAAUGAACGUUAUGGCCAAUCCGGUGGUCUCUCUCAGCAGCAAAUCGCCGCUCGGCAAGUAUUGGGCAAGGAGCUUCCCACUUUCAACGGGAAUCCUGAAGACUGGCCCAUCUUCAUCAGCUGCUAUGAGCAGUCAACAGCUACCUGUGGCUAUUCGGACGCGGAAAAUCUGAUCCGCCUUCAACGGUGCCUGAAGGGGCACGCCUUAGAAUCGGUCAGGAGUCGAUUGCUUUUGCCAUCGAGCGUGCAGCACGUUAUCCAGACUCUGCGCACCUUGUACGGCAGGCCCGAACUUUUGAUACGGAGCUUGAUGCAAAAAAUUCAUCAAGUACCGGCUCCACGGCACGACCGCCUGGAGACACUUAUGCAGUUCGGACUCUCAGUCCAAAAUUUGGUGGACCAUUUGAAAGCAGCUGGCCACCAGAAUCAUCUCGCAAACCCGGUUCUCAUGCAAGAAUUAGUGGAAAAGCUUCCAGGCUCGAUGCGCCUGGACUGGGCUGUCUUCAAAAAUAAACACCAUCCAGCAAAUUUGGCAACCUUUGGCGAAUUUAUGUCGGGACUCGUAACAGCGGCGAGCGAGGUAACCUUUGACCUUCCGGAGUUCGACAGCACUGACAGAGGAGAUAAGCGGAAACCGAAGAAUACCGGUAUUAUCCAUACCCACUCAGCCGGUCUAGAUUCUUCAGCGGGGCCUGCGGUAGGGGAAGUAGCGAAGACUUACAAACAGCCAGGUAAAUUAUGUGUAGCAUGUGGACGUAGCGGGCAUCGUGUGGCCGAGUGCGCCCAGUUUAAAGCAGCCAGUGUGGACGAACGCUGGAAACUGGUCCAGUCAAAGGGGCUAUGCAGAACGUGCCUGAACAGUCAUGGCAAGUGGCCUUGUCGAUCAUGGUCCGGUUGUGAAUUUGAAGGGUGUCGGCAUAGGCACCAUACUCUUCUCCAUUUCUCUUCAUCUUCCCCUAGUCGUGUGAACAUUUCCGCAAGUCACGUGUCUUCCGGAGAGCUAAAUUGGCCACUUUUUCGGGUGAUACCUGUAGUGUUGUACGGAAGGCAAACAUCGCAAAUAACAUUUGCCUUUAUUGACGAGGGGUCUUCGUAUACUCUGCUGGAAGAGUCUGUUGCCCAACAGUUAAAUGUAAAUGGUCCAACGGAACCGUUAACUCUUCAGUGGACCGGGAAUGUAACUCGAAUGGAGUCGAAAUCACGGCAUAUCAAGCUGGAUAUCUCCGGCAAAAAUAGUACUUCUCGCUUCGACUUGAACCAUGUCCGAACGGUUCGUCACCUGUUACUCCCUUCACAGACACUCAAGUACAAAGAUCUUGCGCGUCGCUUUCCUCACCUGAGAGGUCUCCCACUGGAAGACUACGAACUCAUUCAGCCUCAAUUGCUAAUUGGUUUGGACAAUCUUCGACUGUGCGUGCCACUGAAGCUUCGCGAAGGAGGUCCGCUGGAUCCGAUUGGCGCAAAAUGUAGAUUGGGAUGGAGCAUCUACGGCUGUAUUCCCGGGCGAACAUCGACUGCAGGAGUCGUAAAUUUCCAUGCUGGCACGGUGUCCAAUCCUGACAACGAGAUGAACGAACAACUACGAGACUUCUUCGCAUUGGAGAACGCAGGCAUUAUUGCACCGGUCGACGUGCUGGAACCAGAAGACGAAAAGCGCGCUCGACUGUUGCUGAAGAGCACCACUCGGCGUAUUGCAUCCGAAAAUCGAUACGAAACCGGAUUACUAUGGAGCACAGAUAACCCGAAUUUCCCUGACAGUUAUCCGAUGGCAGUGCGCCGUAUGGUGGCCCUCGAGCGAAGAUUCGAACGUGAACCAGAACUGGGCGAGAAGGUGCGUGCACAGGUCGCCGACUACGAGAGGAAAGGGUAUGCGCAUAAGGCCAAACUGGACGAGCUCACCUCUGUAGAGACAGAUCGUGUGUGGUACCUACCACUUGGCAUCGUUACCAACCCCAAAAAGCCCGGGAAAGUUAGGUUGAUUUGGGACGCAGCAGCAAAAGUGGAUGGAGUGUCUUUCAACUCGAGACUUCUCAAAGGGCCUGAUCUCCUAACUCCACUUCCUCAAGUUUUAUGCCAAUUUCGUCAGUUUCCGGUAGCAGUGUGUGGUGACCUAAUGGAGAUGUUCCACCAAAUUUAA